AUGACGGAACCAAAACCAGCAGCCUGUGGCAACACGCACGCCUAUCGUCCACCCAGCGCGCGCCCAAAAGGUCCCGGUGGCGUGGAGGUCAUCGCAGGACCGGUCAAUGAUGCAUGCAUGUCCGAGUUGCUGGAAUCGUCAUCUCGUGCACCACUCUCACUCCCCGAUGCUUGCAAGGUUACGGACAAGCGCUGUUCGCAGUUGCCCAAGCAGCUGACUCGAAGCGACCAAACUACGUCCCUCAUCCAGCGAGUGAUCUCGUCUGUCGCCCCUUCGGCGAGUGCGAACCGUGUCCCGCAGAUGAUGUUGCUGCACUGUAUCCCAGCGGACAAGAAGGAUGACCCCAAUCCACCGGGCGAGGUGCCGGCUUGGGAAUCAUGCGGCAAGGUUGUCAAGUUAGAACAGAGAGAGUUCUACGAGUUUGUCACCGCCAACCUGCUCUUCCUCAUCGUCUGUCUCGUCAUUUACUGGGUGCGGACGUCGACGCUGGCCACGCAGCAGUACCGACAACUCGCAGCCAGGAUCGGCAUCAGGGGAGGGAUGGUGUAG